AAUCACCUGAUUCACUUCACACAUGCUUGGUUUAGUCCUUAUUCCACAUGUGUAAGUCCUGUGGCAGACAGCAGAUUUUAGAGGAGAAAAACUAAUUUUGAUGUAAGAAAGUAACUUUUUUUACUUUUGUUUUUGUUAUUGCAAUUCCUGCUUUGUAGUUAAACUCAUCAAAGUUAAAUUACGUAUAUUGUGUGUCUGUAUAGAUAUUUUUCAUAAAAGUUGUUAGUGCCAAUGUUUUGGCUGUUAGCUCUAAGGUGAUGUAGUUCAUGACUAGUUGUAACAUCUCACUCCCCUUGUUUAACCACGCAUUUUCUGUUUGUGCUGCAAAUAUAACAGCUAUGUAAUUUAAUAACUGACAAGUGUAACUAGUUUUAAUCACAUUUUGAACGCACUGUUUUACAAAGACCUUCAAAACAGACAGAAAUGUCAAAAAUGUUGCAACCAUCCCCAGUCUUACCUCCCUACUAGACUACUCAUGUUUCUGAACGCACGCGGAAGAUUGAAGAGAAAUCACGUGACUCAGGCGUCAAGAAAUCAGCUGAGGGCUCGGAGUUUCACUCAGGAAAUCCAGGUUUGGUGACUCAUUCUUUGAUCUCCAUCAUGUCUGGGUCAAGCGGAACUGAUGCAAAUUUGCUGGCACAGUCUAUAAGUUCGAAUAUUCAGAGAAUAACACUGCUGACUAAUGAAAUCCAGCAGAUGAUGAGACAUUUUGGAACAGCACAAGACACGACUGUCCUGCGACAAACAUUACAGGAGAAACAGCAGAAUGUCAAUCAUCUUGCUAAAGUGACAGAUAAAUACAUGAAAGAUUUCAGCUCUUUACCUGUGACCACAGAACAGCGGCAAAGAAAAAUCCAGCGAGAACGUCUGAUCAAUGAAUUCUCCAAUGCACUGGGCGUUUUCCAGAAAAUUCAGCGAGAGGUAGCAAAGAAAGAGAAGGAGUAUGUGGCACGUGUCCGUGCGAGCUCAAGAAUUUCAGCUGGUGAUCCAGAUGAUGGCACUGGAGGAUUUUUGGCACCCUUUCAAAGUGAUACUCAGGCUCAAACUCAAAGAUAUGAGGAGAACAUCACAGAAGAAGAUCUGCAGCUCAUUCAGGAAAGAGAAUCAGCAAUCAGACAGCUGGAGUCGGACAUCACAGGCAUUAAUGAAAUCUUCAGAGAUCUGGGCUUGAUGGUGCAUGAACAGGGAGACAUGAUUGACAGUAUAGAGGCCAAUGUAUCAAACGCAGAGGUCUAUGUGGAGUCAGCCACACAACAGCUGAAUAGUGCAGCAGGUUACCAGACGUCAUUCCGCAAGAAGAUUUUCAUCCUUAUCAUUGUUCUGGUUGUGGUGGCUGUUGUUAUUGGUUUGAUUGUCUACGCUUCUGUGAAAAAAUGAGUGUUUGUCAACUCUAUCUGAAGGCCUAACGUUUGCACUGUCAUGUUUUUAAUGAGUUACAGAGGUUUGUCACCAAGUGAAGCUGCUUUGACUUUUUCACUGCAGUUAAGAUUUUGUCAUUAAUGGACUCUUUAAUAACAGUUCAACUCUAUAAACGGCACCUUUGGUGUGCUAUCCAUUACAACAGAAAUUUAUUUCAACUCAAGUUUUUAAAGCAUUGUGUUACAACGUUCCACAGAGUCUGUAUAUAGAGUUUAACUUGAUUUUAAUAUUGCUACUGUUAACCAAUUAUCAUUCCACUCUGCGCAUCUUCCACCCAUCUGAUUUGUGGUAGAAGCAAGCAUUCCUUAUAGUAAAAUGCCCUAAAUAUGAGAUUUUUAAUGGCUGAAAAUAUCAGUCAGUAUAAAGCUGCUGCUUUAAAGAAGUACAGUUUAAGAGCACUAUACAUUUAAACUGCUCUCAAACACUUUAUUUGAAGAAAGACUCUGAGAAUACACUGCAGGUCAAAACAUUAGACACUAGAAUCCAUUUCUCAUCAUCCAUAGUGAGCAAAUCUGGAAUGUGGACAAAAAAGGAGUGUAAGAAAGUUUUCCUUUGUUGAACAUUAUGAUCACUACAUAAUUCCCAUAUUUCCAUUUGUUUUUUCAAAGUUAUUAUAAUGACUUUACUGUUAAUCUAAAAUGUAUAAAAUAGUCAUAAAGAUUGAGUAGAUGUGCCUAAACUUUUGACUGGUAAGGUCAGAUUCACUCAGGUCCAAAAACGAAAUAUAUAUAUAUAUAGGGCUGUCGAUUUAAUGUGUUGAUUUAAAGGUCCUCUAAGUGAUGUCACACGUUUUUAGGCCAAAACAAUU